AUGAAGAACAGUCAAAAGUGUGAAGCACUCGAAUUAAUCAAGACAAAAUACAAUCUUAUGCAUUGUGAGCAAGAUUGUUUGAAAAAAGCUAAUGCAAUCCUUAAUCAUCAAAAAAUCAAGAAUUUAACAUCAGCAGAACUCAAAAGAAAAUUUACAGAUGUAAUUUCCAAAACUACUGGUGUUCCUCAUUACAAUCAGAGCAGCUUUGCCAAAAUUAAUGUUUACUCACUCGCGGUCAACGAUAAUAAUUUGGCCGGACAAUCGUCCAGUAAUACGAGUUUGGCCGGACAAUUGUCCAGUAACGAGAGUUUGGCCGUACAAUCUGCCAGAAAUGACGGUUUGGCCGACCAAGCAGCCCAAUUUGUACGCUAUCAAAGCGAUCGUUUUGAAGAUGAUACUGACCUCCCAAAUAAUGUUGAUGUCAAUUAUGAAGCAGAGAGACAGUUUAUUGCAGAAACAGAAGUUAUGCCAGAGCCUGCAAUUCUCAACACCGGCUCAGAUUCUGUUCAAAUAAGUUUACAGAUCGAUCAGAACUUAUAUUGGAAAGGCCCAAAUGAAUAA